AUGAGGCCUCCGGCGAGUUCGUUCCGUCCGAUCUACGCCACCCUCUCCGACGUAGUCGUCUACUCACCACACGGAGCGACGCCCGCAGUGCUGGCCUUGGCCCGGCGGUUCAGAGCGGCCAUCAAGGCGAAGCGGCUCGAGCGGAUGCGGGCCGCCGGUCUGUUCGAAGUCGAUGGAGAAAGAGACGGAGACGGCCAUGGCCAUAGGCAGGCUUUGACGCCCGAGGAGCUUAAGGCGAGUGGUGAGUUGGAACAGCACCAAGAGGGGGAGGGUGGGGUCAAGCAGGAGGGAGCUGGGGUCGGACAGGGAGGGGAAGGAGGUGGAGAAAUGAUGGAGAGCGGGCCGAAGGAAGAGGACUUUGUGCAGUACAACGUGUUCGUGCUCGACGCGAAGGAGGACGAGCUCCGGCGCGAGGUGCCCCAUCUGAUGAUGCGGAUGUGUGGAGAGGGCGUGCCUGGUGCGGAGGCUGCCUCUUCUUCCUCUUCCCCUUCUCCCUCCUCCAAAGCCAAACCCACCACCACCAAAGCGAAGGCUCCACCCGGUGCCCAGACGAAGAUGGCAGCAGCAGCGACGACGAGCGUCAACGCAGCGCACACGGAUGGUCCGGACGGGCAUUUGGUCGAGCUGGGGUUGGUCGAGGCGGAGGAUCGGAGGAAGAGGGCGAGGAUGGAGGUUGAUCGGCUUGGUGCUGGGCAGCAGCAGCUGCGGAAGGGACGGCCGGGGCAGGGGCAGGGGCAGGGGCAGAGGAGGGAUGUGGGCAUGGACAUGGACAUGGUGGGCGAUAUGGAUAUGGAUACGGAGGUUGAUGGAGGUGCUGGAUGUGGGGAUGCGAUGGAGGUUGAUGGAGUUGCGGGUGGGCUGGAGCAAGAGGAAGACGAGCAAGACAACAUCCACCUCAUACCUAACACCGUCGACUUUGCCCUCCGAGAAAAGGAGGAGAUGCGCGACUUGACCAAAGCUUCUGAAAUUAUCAGCCUGUUACCCGAAACAUCGACUUCCCCUGCUCCUUCUGUGCCCAACUCUGCCUCUACGAUAUCUACACACGCUUCAUCGUCUUCCUCCUCUUCUUAUACACACAAAUCCGGCCUACAUUUAGACGGCGAUGCCACACCCCAAUGGGAUCCUCGCGUUGGCCAGGUAUAUCUAGGCAACUCGGGCGACGUUCCUCUGGCACCGGACAUACCAAGCCAUUUUAGGCACGCGGCGAGUGUACCGAGGGACGUAGACGAGGAGUUGGCGGCACGAUGGGACUGGGCAGCUAUGAUCGGUCAUCUGCGGGGGUUGGAGGGGCUAGAGGCGUACGGACUCGAGCCGGAGGACUUCGUAGUGGAUAACGACAACGCAGGUGUAGACAGGACACGAGACCUUCCGCCCGACGACCCGUUCAACUACCAUGCGACGAACGAUCCUGGACGGGGGUUCGGGUACGACAUCUGCGUCGAGUGUCAUGACCUCGCGCCAUUCCCGUCUGCGGCGCACCUCCGAGCGGCGGAGGAGCACCUGGGUAUGCUGGACGUGAUGUGGAGAGAGAGGUGGGAGCGGGCGUGGGUGAAGAGGGAGGAGAGGCGGUUGUCUUCGACGUCGGAUGCGGAAGAGAGAAACGCGGGCAUGAGACCGUGCCCGCCUGCCCCGCCGCGGCCACCACCGCACGCGAACGCUGUGAUUCACCUGCCGUUCCCCAGCUCGCCGGCGAACUCGCAGACGACGAUGGUCGCACUCAUGCCUGUGAUUCGGUUCUUGGAGAAGUGGGUCCGUCCGGUCGACCCACCCCCGCCGACGCUGGCACCUCCGCAGAGAAAGGCACAGUCGCCCCCGCCGGCACCGACGAGGCCUGCGACCCCGCCAGAGCUGAAGAACCUGAUGGCAAUUGGGAAUGUGGACCCGAAGAGGAACAUGGCGGGUGCUGGUAGUGGUGCAGCCGCUGCUGCUGCUGGCAGUGGGCAGGGUGGUAAUGCAGGUGGGGGUGCGAGUGGGAGCGGGAGCGGGAGCGGGUCGAGGAGGUGGUCCUCUGUCAGCGCGUUGAUGCCGUCCUUCCCUUCGUUCCCUGGUGUCGGUGGUGGAAGCAAGGAGCCUGCCGUCCCGCCACCGCCUACACCUCCACCUGCUGCCCCUCUUCCUCCUCAUCCUUCGCGGACACGCUCGUUCACAUCUCCUUCGCCCUCUUUCGUGCAGCCCCACUUUGGGUAUGGACAGCAGCCGCCUACGCCGCUUCAAGCACGUACACGGCCGCUGAAGGUCCUCUUGUAUUCGUCGGAUGGGUACACCGAGUCUUCGGUGCCUGCUUUGUGUCUCUUGAUGGCGAUCAAGGCCCUUGGUCUUCCCGAGGCGUACCUCGAGCUGCAGGUGGAGAAGAGACGCUCGUUCUUCGUCUACCAAGGUGAUUUGGGUGUCCUGAGGCGGGUGGAGGCCAGGUUGAGGGAGGAGAGGGAGAGAGAACGUGAGCGAGAGAGGGAGAGGGAGAGAGAGAGGAUCGGGGCGGGGUAUUUGUCGGCGAUCGCUAAUGGGAUUGCGGGCACGAUCAAUGCGAAUGGGAAGAGGACAGCGCCGGGGCCAACGCCUCCGUCUGCGUCGACGAGAGGGGGUUACUGGCCUGGGACGCCUCCUCAUUCGGCGAAUGCCAGUGGAGGUGGUGCUUCGGGUGUUUCGAGGCCUCCUCCGCCAGCGCAUAACAACUCGUUCAAGGGCAGGCCUGCUGCCAAGUCGGUGUCGUUUGCCCAACCACCGCCUCAGUACCAGCAGAGACCUGAUCCUCAGCAGUCUGUACCUACGAAUGUCCAGCCCUCGUCGCAGGUCCAUCCCAUCCCAACUACAUUGUACCACGGACAACACCCGGGCGAGCUCAGCGCCUCUUCGUCGACGGGGAGCUUGCCCGUGCAGGGCACCAUGCCGCAUCGUAUGGGUUUUUCAACGUCUGGGCAGAUUCAGCACCCCAUUGACGGCAUUGGGAGCGCGUUUGGCGCUGCACAACAGCAGCAACAGCAUCAGCCAGGCGGUAUGGGUAUGGUCAAGGGCCGCCCGAGGGCGAGCACAAGCCCGUGGUUGCCCAGUUUGUUCGGAGGCGACCACCAGUCGUGGUUCAAUGACCCGAGGUUUGAUGGGAGCUUCCCGAGUCGAGUGUUGCCCUUCCUCUACCUUGGUAAUCUGAACCAUGCCUCGAAUGUCUACAUGCUACAUGCGUUGGGCAUCACCCACGUCGUCUCUGUCGGCGAGUGUGCUCUUCUUCCUCCGCCACAUCAUAUGGGGCCGCACUACGGAGCAACGGCGGCUGUGUGCCAUCGUCCUGGUCCUGGAGCACAGUUUAUGCCGGGUAAGGGACCUGGUGGACAUGGCUCGCUGUGGAUCGAAGAACGGGAAGGCCGUAUCAAGGUCCUGGACAUCAAGGGUGUUUGUGACGACGGCAUCGACACCCUUGAGCCGCAGCUGGAGCCUAUUUGCGAUUGGAUCGACAAGGCGCGGCAGGAAGGUGGACAGGUGCUCGUGCACUGUCGUGUUGGUGUGUCGAGGAGUGCAACCGUCACUAUCGCGUAUGUGAUGAAACACCUUGGCCUGCCACUUGUCGACGCCUACCUCAUCGUCCGAUCGCGAAGACUGUCCGUGCUCAUCCAGCCGAACAUGCGGCUGCUCUACAACCUUUGUGGAUGGGAGAUCAAGCUCGCGAAGGAGCGUGCCGACGAUGACGAGCGCAAAUUAAAGAAGGAGCUCUCGAGAACGCUGACUUGGCCGUACCUCGCAAAAGAAGUUCAUGCGUUGAACGAGAAAUACCUGCACUGA